AUGUCUAAGGGUAGACGGUGGCUGGCGAUGCUGGUGGUGGUGGCGUUGGCGGGGGCGGUGCGGGGGUGGGACUGUGUGUGCGACCCGAGGGAGUGCGAGGUGCUUGAGCCCAGCGGUUGCCCGGGCCUGGGCGUGGUGGUGUGGGAUCCGUGCAGAAAAAGACCAGCAAAGAUCCAAGCCGGCGAGGUGAGGAUGACUGGUGUAAAAGGUACAAUUACUACCAUAGCUGUCUUCGCAUGUAGAUCAUCGUCAUCACUUAACAUGUAUGCUAUGUGUAAGGGUAGACGGUGGCUGGCGAUGCUGGUGGUAGUGGCGUUGGCGGGGGCGGUGCGGGGGGAGUGCGAGGUGCUUGAGCCCAGCGGUUGUCCGGGCUUAGGCGUGAUGGUUUGGGAUCCGUGCAGGUGCUGUAAAGUAUGCGCAAGGACACUAGGGGAAGACUGCGGUGGGUUCAGAGGGACUUGCGAGCCCGGUUUAAAUUGCUAUGAGGGCUCUUGUUCCCCAAUGACGUGA